AUGAGUCAGUCAAAAUCACAACCUCCAAAAGAACUACCGACCAAUAAUGCACAAAAAGUUUCAACACUAGGUGGAUUUAUAGCGGGAGGAGUAGCAGCAUGCGGAGCAGUAACAUUCACAAACCCCAUAGAAUUAAUCAAAACAAGAAUGCAACUACAAGGAGAGUUAUCCAAAACUCAAAAAAAUCAACCAAAAUUAUACAAGAACCCCAUCCAGGCAUUUGGGUUAAUUUAUAAACAUGAAGGUUUGAGAGGAUUACAACAAGGUUUAAUAUGUGGGUAUUUUUAUCAAUUAGGUUUAAAUGGGUGUAGAAUUGGUCUUUAUGAACCAAGUAGGUAUUGGUUAUCAAAAAUAUUCAAUCCAAGUUCAAUUAUGGAUAAUGGAUUUAUAAAACAAAACUUGUUAAUAAAUGUUGUGGCUGGUGGUAUAUCUGGAUCUGCUGGUGCUGUAUUAGCAUCACCCUUUUUUUUGAUCAAAACAAGAAUGCAAUCUUUUUCAAAAACUGGAGCUGUUGGACAACAAACUUAUUAUCAUGGUACUUGGGAUGGUCUUAGACAAGUUUAUAGACAUGAAGGAUUUAAAGGACUUUAUAGAGGUGUUGAUGCAGCAGUAUUAAGAACAGGAGCAGGAUCAUCAGCACAAUUACCAGUCUACAAUCUUACCAAAAGUUUCUUGCUAAAGAACAAAUUAGUCAAAGAUAAUUCAUUUUUAUUACAUUUUAUUAGUGCAUCAAUGGCAGGAUUAGGUGUUGCAAUAGUAAUGAAUCCAUGGGAUGUUGUAUUAACCAGAAUGUACAAUCAAAAGGGAAACUUGUACAAGGGACCGAUAGAUUGUUUUAAAAAGACAAUAAAGAUUGAAGGUCCAAUGGCUUUAUAUAAAGGAUUUUGGGCUCAAUUAUUUAGAGUUGGACCUCAUAGUAUAUUGACAUUGAUAUUUAUGGAACAUUGUAUGAAUGCAAUGAUCAAGAUUGAACAUAAAUUAGGGUUCAAUCCGGUAUACUAG